AUGUAUCAUGCUGUGAAUUGCAUAUACCUACCAUACCAUACUCGGCCCAUCUGUAUCUACCGAGUUCGCAAUCCGAUCCACCCCACUGGGCCCAUCCGUAUUUACCAAGGUCACAAUCCUAUUCACCUAACUGGGCCCAUCCCUAUCUACCAAAGUCACAAUCCCAUUCAUCUAACUGGGCCCAUCCCAAUCUACCGAGUUCACGAUCCUAUCCACCUCACCGGGCCCAUCCCAAUCUACCGAGUUCACAAUCCUAUCCACCUCACUGGGCCCAUCCCUAUCUACCGAGUUCAUAAUCCUAUCCACCUAACUGGGCCCAUCCAUAUCUACCGAGUUCGCAAUCCUAUCCACCUAACUGGGCCCAUCCCUAUCUACCGAGUUCACAAUCCGAUCCACCUCACUGAGCCCAUCCCUAUCUACCGAGUUCGCAGUCCUAUCCACCUCACUGGGCCCAUCCCUAUCUACCGAGUUUGCAGUCCUAUCCACCUAACUGGGCCCAUCCAUAUCUACCGAAGUUGCAAUCCCAUUCAUCUAACUGGGCCCAUCCCUAUCUACCGAGUUCACGAUCCUAUCCACCUCACUGGGCCCAUCCAUAUCUACACCCCGGGCCCACCUGCUUCAAUCAUCAUGUACUUUCCUUUAUCUCCAAUAGCUAGCUAUCAUAUACUACACAGCUGGCCCAUUCGUCAGUGUCGGGUACCCUGA